AGGAUUGUUUGGUUUUCUGGGAGUGCUCUGGCUAUCUUUCCGUGUGGCAGCAAAAUGAGAUUUCAGCUGCUCUUUUUUCUAUUCCUUUUUUUCACGAUGGGUAUACUGCUUAUCAAUGGACAAAGGCCAGGUAACCUGGCAUUGAGAAGAAAACCACAUAGACACAUCUGUCCCCAGAGGAGAUGCAUGCCCCUCCAUUCCCGGGUGCCCUUCCCCUGAGGUAAAAACCAUUUCUAGUAAACCUGGACUGCCAGGAAAUGAGGAAGAAAGAAUGAAGCGAAGAGUCCUACUCAAAAAAACCUCAUUUUUACGACAUUGUGAUCUGUAGGAGUCCUCCUACUGAAAGAAUCAUCUGAAAUCACCCAAGGACGAUUAUUUGUGAGCAUCAAGGGGGUCUACAGUAUCUGGUUUCACUUGAAGAGAAAAUAACAAGGGAUUCAAAAAAUUACUCUUCCUGAUCUGCCAGAAUACCAAGCCAGUCAAUUUAUGUUUCUGCACAUCAGGAUAUUUAUAGGUUUAAAAGAAAAAAAAUUUUCAUAAAUUAUAGUGAUAUUAUUAGAGUGGAAAAUUCUAGAUUUCUAUGUGAAUUUAUACAUCCUUACCAUAAAUGCAUCCAAACCAAACAAGCUAUAAGAAUUUUAAACUAUUGUUUCUAACUCCAGGAAUACUAACUAUAGUUUUGAAGUUUAAAAAUUACUUAAACUAUGUUUGUUUGAUCAGAGAGAAAAAAAAACUCUAGUAUUACUGUAUUUUACAGUCAAAUUUUACCAACCUGACUGUAGAAAUAAAAUAGAAAACACUGAAUCCAGUGGUUGCAUCCGGACAGGACUUAAAAGUAGAAAACUAUUUAAUAGUUGCCAUUUUAAACAAAUGAGUGUUAAUGUUUAAGUCAAUACUGGUCACUUAAAAUUUUUAAAUGCAUAUUAUAACAUAUAAAUGGAAAGUAUAAAAUCCUUCUCUGACAGAUUAUUUUAAAGGUGACAGUUGUUCAUUUCUGAAAUGUCUUAGCAUCAAGACAUUCUAAGAAAUAAAGAUCCAAAUUUCUGAAGCAUGAUUCCUAGUAGAUUUCCACUUGACAGAUACAAUUAAAUUGUAAAGAGAAAUUCUUAUGCAGUGUUAUACUGAAGGCGCCAUCCAGUUCUCGGGUUCCAUGUUUCUGAGGUAGCCCAUUUAAGAGGACUCAUUUAAAAUACAAUUAUACUAGUCAAUUCUUAAAUAGAUUGACUUGUGUCUCAUUUUUUUAAAGUUUUUCCUCUUUGUACUUUAGUUUCCUGCUGAUGCACCAAUAUUAGCAGAAUGUGGAAAUUAAUUCAACACUUUUUUUUCCAUCGCUAUUAUUUCAGAGGCACAAUGAUUCCCCUUUAAGAGGAGGAUGGUGAUAUGAAAAUGAAUAAACAAAACUUCUGCCUUCCAGGAACUUAAAAUCUAAUAGGGGAAGAUCAAAAACAGGUACCCAAUUACAAUGAAAGCACAAUGAAAUAAAUACCAUAAGAAAGAGACUAGAAAAUUACUAAUGAGCCUAGGAGGUUCAGUUGGGGGAGGAAAAAGAGAGGGGAGAAGAGGAAGGGAAGAUAUACCAUCUUUGGAAAAUUGAGGUUUCUGUUAGAUCGACUUCAAUUAUACAAUAUUUGUUUGUAUUGAGAUUAAACGGUUUUCACUGACUAGAAGUUAGCUUCAAGAACAAAAUUCAGGAAAUUCAUAAAUGACUUACAAAACAGCAUGUUUUAACUGGUGGUUUUACAUUGUGAUGCUUGGUAGAAAAAGGAAGGCACUAGGCAUCUCAAAUCCUUUUUUAUAAAAAUGAAAGAACCUGGGCUCAGAUAUAGAUAGCUUUGAAAAUCUUACGGAACCACUUUGGAAUCCCUGCCUCUUCAUUUCAUAUACUGUUCAAAUUGUUUUACUGGGUACAAAGAUUUUAUAUAAGGCAGAGUAAAACAAAAACAUAAGCCAAAGGAUUUCAAGAAAACUACUUUCCUUUAAAAAUUAGGUUAGUGAAAAAUCCUAGAUUUCUGAAUGAAUUUUAGGUCCUCACUACAAAUUCAUCUAAAUGAUAACAUGUUUCUAUGAUAUUUAUGUUUAUAAAAUAUAUACUUGUCUGUAUAUUUUGUAAAAAGAAAAAACCUUAUGCACUUCAAAUAUAUGUCAUUUAACAACAUUUUACAAUGUUUUAUUUUAUUUUUGCAUUAGGCCUUGUAUUGAUAGGAAAAAAUUAAAUCCAUCUACUUUCUUUUAUAAAUUUACUAAGUGGGUACAUUUUUAAAAAGCUGUUUCUUAGUUAACUGAUAUUUGACAAAUAAAAAAGUUACUUCUUUUG